GUGUGUAGUAUCUUUGCGAUUGUGUUUUCGAGCACGACUAGUAUUGAGGGGAUUGCGCAAUAUCGACCUCCUAUUUUCAAAGCAGAAAUAAUAACAAUAAAAUGUGGAAAUUACCAAACCAGAAGGGAUAAUGGGGGGGAAAAAAAGAGGGAAUGUAAAAAGAAAAAGAACAACCCAAUAUGAUCAACGAAUUGGAAGAACCAAAACGGGGCAGUGCGUAAAAAAGGAUUGAGAUAUGAUGUAUAAACACUGCCACAAUGUAGAUCGCAAAGGAUCAGGGGCUAAAUGGAGCAGUGUAGCCCGGGUACGAAUUAGGAUGGAUUAUUAUUAUUAUUACAUUGCUUAUUAAUCGGAUUAUUUUGUGUUAUUAUAUAUUUAAAGUUAAGUGCUCCCGGCUACAAUGCUCUACCACCCGGCUGUACAGAAUUCCUGGGGAGAACCCUGUAGAUUUAGUACAGGGCUGUGUAUUAAAUUAGGGACUCGCUAAUACAGGACUAUUUCUCUGUGCACUAAUUUAGUACCAAUUGCAACAAGAAAGGGUGUGGAUGGAUCAUUUGAUCCCCAGCUGUAGUGUAGCGCAGGAUUAAGCUUUUGAGCGAUUGCUUUCAGUUUACUAUAUAUCUAAAGACUGUUAUCCUUAGACAAGAUUACAGUGUUUUUUUGAGAAACCUAACAAGUUCCUAAUUAUUCUUUAUUUACUUGCGCAAAUUAUUUACAGAAAUUAAAUGUGUUUACGCGCAAAGUUUUGCCGUUUUUCUUAAACCAAAUUCGCAUAUAUAAUCAUAAAACGAAUGUAGCUGCUUAAAAUUUUGUUUAUCCGAUAUUGGUCCUUAUUGUUUAAUUCACACACAGAACAGAUGCAUUUGUUUAUGUUCAAGGAGUAGCCUAUGUAAGGUGAAAAUAAAAUCAGAAAUACUAAUUACAUAUUUUAGGUAUAAAAAGGCAGUAUCCCUGCUGAGGCCAUCUGUAGGCUUUCACAAUGGCUCUUUCCUUGUGGGUUUAAUUUCAUGAAACUUUCCUGGAGUGUAUAGUCUAUAACUAAGAGCGCUGUGAUGUGUAAUAAUAAUGAUAAACAGACAGACGAGUCUUUGAAUAUUGAGUGGCUCCAGUGUGUAUGGCGGUAUGAAUUUGAGAUUUCUCUUGUUUGUCGGUACAGAGAUGCAGACGGAGCGUGCAAAGAGGAUGGACUCUGCAGGAGAAGAAGCGUCCCUGAAUUCACCUGAGCUGCCCUGGAACCAGCUCUAUUUGAAGAGAAGGACCGAGUCCAGGAUCCAGUUAAGGAGGAGAGUGUGCUUCUCUGGCCCUGCUGCUGCUGCUGUUACCGGGGUAUUGGCAAUCCUCAUACUGGCUGCUGGCAGGGUCAGCGGCAGUGAGUUUGUGACAGUCCCGAGCUCAGUGAAGUGUACUGAGGGGCAGGACUGUAUCCUGAGCUGCACCUUCAACCACACAGCUGGAGGCAGGGAUGAGCAGUCAGGUGUGAUCUGGAGAAGAGCAGAAACACAUGACAUCGUUCACAGGUACCAUGACAACAGGGACCGGCUUGCCGAUCAGCCCCUUCAGUAUGUGAGCAGGACCAGCCUGUUUGAUUCUGAGCUGCAGCGCGGGAACGCUUCACUGCUGCUGAGGAGAGUCAGGAUGGGAGACUCUGGAAAUUACAGCUGCUCAGUUUCUAUAUCUGGGAGGUUUCAGUCAGGCCAGACUGAGUUGUCAGUGGUACCAGCUGACAACACAACAGCACUGUAUGUUCCAGCUAAACCCACAACAGCGCCAGACUAUGUGGUCUACUUGUGGGUUUUAGGUAUACUUGGGUUGGGUCCCAUUGGAUUCAUCAUUUAUAAAAUGAGAAGAGGCUGUUCUAACUUCUGGCAGAAUAUGAAAUGUGCACGUUGUCAUUGCUGGAACUCCAACAAUGCUCGGAGCCGUCCAUCACAGCAGAUGGAGAUGGAGAAAUUGUCAGCUGGGUGUACUGAACUGUAGCCUCUUUAUCAGGGCUGCAGACAGUUUUGAUAUUUGCAGCUAAAUUGUCUUGUAAGUUUUGCAGCAGAGAGCCGACUGCUGCUAAAUUAUCAACACCGCCUGCUCUUCAAAGAGUUUAAAAAAUAAAAAAUAAAAAAAAUUCAACAUAUCUACAGCGCCACGAUUUAACGUUGCUGCUGCGACGAGGCACCCUGGCGCAAAUCGCCAAAUUUGCACCCCUGUGUAUGAUGCAAGCCUCAAUUCGGCUGCUAUUUUAAAACAUGUUAAAACGAAGCAGCAUCAACACCUGUUUAUCUAUAAGUAAAAAAAAAAAAAAAAGAAAAUCUUUAACUUCUGCUGUUGUGAUCCACUUAAAUAGUGCACUUAGAAAUGUUCACUUGUAAAAACUGGUUGGACAGUUUGUUUUAUUUCCAAUAGUUGUAGUAAACAAGAACAGUGAGAAGGCUCCAAAAGUUGACUUGCGCUACGGGGUGUGUUUUCAUGAGGGAAAGGCCAUCCAGCAUGUCUAGAAUGGCACUGUGUGCUCGUGUUUUUAAAACAGACAGGCCGCUCCCCUGCACGGCUCAACACACCCUGAUACCGCGUUCAAUGCCUUCCUGUAAAUCAUUACCAAUCAAAUCCAUCCAUUUAAAACACUUGCACACUAUAAAUAUAUAAAUAUGUACAAUGACUAAUAAAUGCCACUACAUGGCUUAGAAGCCGAAGAAAUUAAAUAGCUCAUAGAACACAAUUGCUCCCUUGAAGUUCCACCAGUCUUAAGUUUCUCCAAACGUCAUAAGCUCCUGUCCUCUUCUGAACAGUCCCGUUUCAGCCUAGAACACUGUUGUGCAAUGCACUGCUGUACAGCACUGUUGUGUGGUACUUCACAUGGAAUGGAUGUUGCAUUUUUAUUUAGCACAGCUGAGAACUGGGCAGUGAAGUUGUUUUAUAUUCCUUGUGUUUCUCUGUGUGUGUGUGUGUGUGUGUGUGUGUGUAUAUAUAACAUAAUUUGAACACUGUGAAGCAAAUGUAUUUUUGGGGGUAAAAUAUAACUACCUUGAAGACAUUAAUAAUUUUGAUAAAUGCUGUACAAUCUUUAGUAUUAAUGGGGUAGGCAUUAAAAAAAAAAAAAAA